AUGUUUUCGGUCAAGUCUGCGUAUCUUCAAAGGUUUGAGGAGGCGUUUGGCGGGGUCCUUAGAAGGGAACAAGCUCAUUUCAAGGUGAAGGAUGCUCUGAUUAUGAAGAAUAUUCAGGUGGGUCCUUCUUGUCCGGUGUGUGGUGAGGCACUAGAGACGAUAGAACAUCUGUUUUUUGAGUGUGACUUUGUGAGGAAGGUGUGGAGGGCAUCUUACUUGGGCUUUGAUUUCUCAAAAAGAAAUCUAUUUCAGUUUGGAGAUUGGUUUUCUAUGUGGCUUAGAGAGGCUACAAAUAAGGAGGUGGUGCGGGAUUCUAUUUUCAUGAUGUGGGCUAUAUGGUGUGCACGUAAUGAUGCUUUGUUUAAUUCUAAUAAGCCGAAUGUUGACUGCGUUCUGCGUUGUUUUUCAGGCAUUUCUAGUUUGUAUAGGUCUACUCUUGUAAAGAUGAAGUCAGAAACUUGCUUUUUAUUUGAUGAAUCUAGUAUGGAUAUAGAGGUUGGGGUGGUGUCUUCUUUUGUAGUGGAUGGUGCUUGGCUGGCUGCUACUGGUGUGGGAGCUGCAGCUUGGGUCCAAGAAGGAAGUUGUAGGGAGGCUAAGGGACAAGUUAUGCAAUGUAUGGCUUCGUCGGCAACGGUAAUGGAGAUUAAGGCGGGGCUGAUUUUGAUGGAAUGGGCUAUCAAGGAGAAGUUGCGUGGGAUUUACAUCAAGACAGAUUGUUUAACUCUUGUGCAGGGCUUGAAGGAUCCAAAUAGCGUGGCGAAGGCUUCCAUGCCCCAAAGCGGUUUUGAGGCAUCAUGCCCCCAAAUGUUUUUGACCGUCUGA